AUGGCUCAUCAGACGAAGCCCUCAGACAAGUGGAGUGAAAUGGAGAGCUCCAAGGAAUCAUUGGAGGUACCCGACAAAAGCUCAUCGGGACGAUCAUCGCCAGCUCAGACUGCGACGGAACCGGCACGCCGUACACCGUCGCCGCAUUCGCACGCCACACGCGCGAAUGCACCCUCCACGCUUCCUGUCGAGCUCCAGCUCAAAGUCUGUACUCAACAAGGACGGCUUCGCUCCAUGAAGCGCCUGCUCACAAAACUGCAGGAAAAUGCUGGCCAGCUCACUAAGGAGGAGCUGGACGACCUCAAACAGCAAGCCGACGAGGCCCUAAAAGCCUUCAGUAAGGAGCAUGCUCACUUCGAGGUGCUUUGGCCCUCCUCGAUGACGGAUCAUCCCUACUUCUCCGAAGAGCUCCAUGAGAAGAUACAGGACUCUCACUCAGAUGCGAAGUCGCUAAUUGCCAAGGAGAGGGCCAGGCUCACGGCUCAACGACCGGAUCAACAGCUAGAUCAGCCCAGCAAAACGCCAGCUCAAUCCAAGUUGCCGGAUAUCGCACUGCUUAAGUUCAAUGACAGUUACACCGACUGGCCCUCAUUUAUUGAUUUGUUCACCUCAGUCGUGAUCAACCGAGAGGACUUGGACAACGUUCAGAAGUUCUACUACUUUAAGGGAUGCCUGCGAGGAGAGCCGCUCAAAAUCAUCUCAAACCUGUCGCUCACCGGAUCAUCGCUCAACUCAGCCAUCGCCCAGCUCAAGAGCCGGUAUGAGAAUAAGCGUCGGCUCAUACAAGCUCAUCUCGAUCAACUGGCGUCGCUACCUGCUGGGCCGCCGGUAAUGGCAGCCGAGCAAGCGAAGAGCCUGAGCCAGCUCAUUUCGACAGCUCUGGAGACGAGGAACGCCGUGCUCAACUUGGUUGAUCCGGCAACACUGGGCGACUGCAUGCUGGUGCAUCAGGUCAGCCGCAAGCUGGACCGAACGACCAAGGAGAGGUGGGAGUCGUCGCUUGGGACGACAACCGAAUUUCCAAAGUUCGACUCGCUCGUGGAAUUCGUAACGGCAAGGGUGAGGACCCUUGAGUCGCUCAGCGAAGACCAAUCAAGAUCGGCUCAACAAAAGCAGGCACCCGCAAGGCAAGCAGCUCAACCCGCUCAGACGAGACGACCAGCUCACACCGCAGUAGCGGCAGCUCCAGCUCGGCAGACAGCUCCUCGAACGGCACCCGAGAGGCCUGAUUUGGAGCGACCAUCGCCUUUCGAGUGCUGCGAUUGUUGCGGAGGGCAACACUAUAUCGUUACAUGCGCACUCUUUCGGAGCAUGACGCCCAAGGUGCGAGCUCAGUGCGUGGAGAACAAGCGCCUGUGCUAUAACUGCUUGGGCAGGCACAGCGUCCGCUCGUGCAAAUCCACUCAGAAGUGUAAGCACUGUGGCGGGCAACACCACACCAUGAUCCACGAAGGCGAGCCGAAAACAGCUCAAGCUCAAGCCGGCUCAUCCAGAUCAGCCUCCUCAUCCGCUCACACCACCGAAUGGGAACUCGGUGCAGAAGUCAAACUGUCAGAUCACAAAACUCUCCUCGCAACCGCUCAAGCUCUGCUCACCACCUCAACGACAGUUCACCAAAUCCGCAUCUUAAUCGAUCCAGGUUCCGAAAUUUCGUUCAUCUCCGAAGAACUCACCCGUCUGCUCAACCUUCGGAGACACCGAUCAUCCAUCACAAUCAUUGGUGUUGGUGGAACAAAAUCAACUGAAACAAAGGGUGUGGUCACUGUCACACUCCAAUCGAUGCAUUCACAACAGACUGUCUGCAUCCAGGCUCACGUGCUCACAGCCGUAUCGACAAUCCUGCCAUCGUUCUCAAUGAGAACUCCGGAUUGGCCUCACAUUAGGAAAUUGAGGUUGGCGGACAAUAAAUUUUUGACACCAAGACCAGUCGAUUUAAUCAUUGGAGCGGAUUUCUACGGAAGGAUCAUCAAGCCAAAUAUCAUCAAGGGUUCACCAACAACACCAAUUGCUCAACUUUCCAUUUUUGGAUGGCUCGUCAUUGGCCCAGUCAACGAAUCACAUUCAAAUACUCAUUAUUCACAUUUUGCAGUUGCUCAAGACGACCAGAGCAAUCUGCAAGAGCUGCUCACCAAAUUCUGGGUUCAAGAGGAGUCACCAAUGGAUAUUCCAAGCACGCUCACUCCGGAGGAAGAAGAAUGCGAAUUACAUUUCUGUGCGACUCACUCUCGUGAUCACACAGGAAGGUACAUCGUUCGCAUUCCACUCAAGGCACCAGCAUCGCUCUUAGGCAAUUCACACAAGAUUGCUCAAAGAUAUCUACAAAGCACUUUGCGACGACUCUCCAAGGAUUCAACAUACAACCAGCUCUACGUCGAGUUCAUGAAAGAGUACGAAGAAUUAGGACACAUGGUAAAGGCUCCAGAUCAUCAACGAAUUUCAUCAAGAGAGGCUGAGAACGUUGGGCCUGAUGAGGAGAUGACCUUGGCACAUGAUGCUUCGGCAUCAGGAGGGUUGAGGGUCCCUUCUGAUGGUUCAACACCUCAGACCUCUGCUCAUCUUCAACCAUAUUAUUUGCCUCACCAUGGAGUUCUACGUCUCGACAGUUCAACAACGAAGCUCAGGGUUGUAUUCAACGGAUCAAAAGCUACGACAUCAGGCAAAUCAGUCAACGAUUUAAUGCAUACUGGUGCUAAUCUGCUCUUGAAUGUUACAGAUGUUCUAAUUUGGCUUCGCCAUUAUCACCACAUUUUUGCCACAGACAUCACAAAAAUGUUUCGCCAGGUAGCAGUUCACAAGGAUGAUUGGGAUCUCCAGCGAAUCCUUUGGAUCGAUGAAGACCGCAAUGUCAUCCCUUACCAGCUCACAACUGUCACGUAUGGCACAAAGGCGGCUACCUUCCUGGCGACACGAGCACUCAUGCAACUUGUUCACGAUGAGGGUCAUCGAUUCCCUCUGGCAACGCCCUCGCUCACACAUGGCAGAUAUGUGGAUGAUAUCUUUGGAGGAGCAGACUCAAUCUCGGAACUUGUGGAGGUCGCUCAACAGCUGAUUGCAUUGUGCAACGCGGGCGGAUUUCCACUCGCAAAAUGGCAUGCGACUCACCCAGAUCUUCUACGGGCUGUUUCGUCAUCCACACCAAAUUACUCGGUAUUCAAUGGAUGCUUCAAACUGACGCAUUCGGCUUCUCAUCAACUUUGA